CUUAUUUUACAAAUUUGUUUUUGUUUUCUUCAGUUGACAUGUGACCAAAUCUGCAGUUAAAAGCUGUAUUCUGAAAUUACAGUUGAGGGGUUUUUGAUGCGCAAUUGCAAUGGACAGCAUCAGAUAUGAAAACUGCUAUGCAGCCAGUGAGGUUUCCAAACAGAUGGUUCCUUCUGACUGGAGAAAUGUUGAAUGGACCAACAAAAUGAAAGUCUACCUGAAUUCUGACCAAGCUGUUACUGCCAAGGAUCUGCUCAGCAUGUUCUCACCUUUUGGAUGUGUCAUCUCUGUUCAGACGACUGUGAAAAACAAUCACAGAUACGGCAUGGUGCAUUACCACAGUGCCGAUGAAGCUGCCGUGGCCUUGAGGGAAAUGAAGAGACGCACCAAAGUCUUCUUUGUAGCUCAAGUAGGUAUCAGGGAGGUCGGAGAGGGCCGCAAGGAUAAAAGAUCAGAACGUCCUGAUCGACCACCACCAGGCAGCUGUAGUUACCGCCCACUGUACAGACGUCCCAUUCUGUGGGAACCACUGUUUCCAGCUUACAGACGGACUGUAUCUAUUGAAAUUGAUAACCUCCCACGAUCUUGGUAUGAAAGAGAGCUGCUGCUCAGCCUCCUCCCUCCGACCACCAUUGAUGUAAAGGUGUUUAAGAGAAAAGCCUGUGUGGUCUUGCUGGACUUCUCCAGUGCCUUGAGGCUCAGGGAUUUGUUAAACAAUGCCUUUAACCACCUCCGCUUUAUGUUUUCACCUCAUGGAAGACGGAGGCGCCCCGCAGUGCGGCCUUUCAUACGAAAGAAGACAUCGGCAGCCGGCACCGUGCUCUGCUCUCGGUGACCUGUGACCUCUGCAUGCUGUUACAUAUACAGAUCAACACAAAAGCAGCAAGAACACAACUUCAUUAAAAUGAUAAAUGUAAACGUU